AUGGUAAUGAAGACCUCAACAAUUGGACUUCAACAACUUCUCCACGAAUGGGAUCACGGAAAGACAAAGACUCGAGAGAAGAUUUUAUCUAACUUUAUAUCGCGACACAAAGAUGACAGUGGACCGGAUUUAGAAGCAGAAUUUGCUGAAGCAGGCAGUUUGUUUCUGACUAGAAUAACUACUUGGCUCCGAUUAACGUAUCUUCUUGGAGGUAACAUUAAGAUACAACUGGACGCCAUCAAAGUCUUUCUCUCUGCCUCUUGUGGGCAGCGAUAUUUGAGUGAGUUUUUGGAGGUGGGAGGCAUACUCACUGUGUUAGAGAUAUUGGGAUUGAAGACGGCCAAGGAGGAGGACAAGAGUUCAGCUAUGGAGUUGCUAGAGACGAUCUCCAAUUGUGGCAGAAAAUACAAGGAAGUCAUCUGCGAAAGUGUCCGGGCUGCAGCCGAGUGCAUGGCAAGAUCGUACACUUCACAAACACAAGAGUGCGGCAGAUCUCUGCUCUACUCUCUGGCUCACGGUAACCCAAGAUACCAGAAACAGGUCUAUCAAGUUCUCAAGGACCUGCUUCCCAGCACCAAUCCUGGUACGCAGCGAGUAGCAGCACAAGGACUGAGACACAUACAGAAGCUAGUGGGACCUCCAACCCAGGCCCUUGUUGAGAAUGUUCUAGCUCUUCUGAGAAGUCUCUACUCUGAUGUCCAAUACGAGGCCUCUGAACUCCUGAAGGAGCUAGUAGGGCACGAUGAAGUACGUGAGGUGGUUAUUGUUGGGCUGAUAGCUCUACUCACUCCCCUACUUGAUGACGUCAUCAGACCUCCUGUAUCCGAUACUCCCCUGCCUCAACAUCUUCAGCAGGCUGCUGCAGCUAAAGUACUGGGACUAAUGACAGAGAACUCCAACCUGCUCGCCACAAUAGCCGUGGAGAAUGGAGCAGUACAGAGCCUGAUUGUUGUUCUGAGUAACGUCCGACAUCCUCCCUCACAGCAACACGCUGCCAGAACCCUGUCGUACCUGGUCAGGAUGUUCACUGAGGUCCACGAAACGUUAAAGGAGUGUCUUGGUUCUGAGCUGCUUGAUGAAUUCUUGAAGUCGCCUGAGGAAAUACACAAGAAGUUAACACCCACACAACUGGACAAGCUAAUAUCUAACAACACACAGGUCAUUCUAGCGCAGAAUUCUAGCGACGACGAGGACAUGGAGUUGCUCCAGAUGACUGAAGAAAUAACCGUUCAGUGA